AUGUCAACUAAUAAUAAUGAUGCCAUUGACCCAGGUCAUAUAGCCAACCUUGAUAUUAAAGCUGCUCCUUUAGAAGUGAAAGAGGAGAAAGAAGAGGAGAAAGAAGAGGAGAAAGAAGAGGUUCUACAAAAUUGUUUGCUGUUUCCUACAUAUGCAACAAAACAUGAUACUGUUAAUGGCACUACAAUGAUUACUGAUAAAUGGCAUAUUAGAGUUCGUGGUUGGGCAUUUUCAAUUCCCAAAUCAAGCAGAAUGCACAGUAUUUUUUUGGAUAUAACUUCAAGGGUUGUUGGAAUAUCAAAAACAGAUUUGAGUUAUGAAUCUUUAAAAGAUCGCACUGAAUAUUUUUGGAGUAGCAAUAUGAGCCAAGGAGAUUACACAGUUCAAGUUAUUGAUAUAACAGAUUCAAAUAAAAUGACACUUGAAGGUGAUCCAAAUGACUUGCGCCUUGAAAGUCAGGAAAAUGAAGACAGAAAUCCAUUGGAGAAAUUUGCUGAUAAACUUGCUACUGCAGGUGAAAUAUUAAGUGCUAAAAUUACUCCUAAAUCUGGACAUUUUUCGGAUAUUCUUUCUGUCCCAGAGAAAGAUGUUGAAGAGUGGAUGGUUAAAGGUCAUUUGAAGCUAUCUAGUGGUGAUAACUUGACGCGAGAAACUGGCAGUAGGAAAAUUAAAUUACUUAAGAUGCAAGCAUUUCAAGAUAAAAUUGAUACAGAGAUUUUGGAUGGUGUGAAAGUGAUACUUUCCAAUACAUUUAUACGACCAUUUAAAGAUGUUCCUGGAAUGGCUGAACUUUAUUGUAAAUGGUAUGAUAGAGGAGUUGGCAUUCAUUAUGUAUCCAAUUCACCUUGGCAAUUAUUCCCAGCAUUACGUUCCUUUUUCAACACUUAUAAUUUCCCACCUGGAUCUGCUCAUCUUAAAUUCUAUGAUGGGUUGAUAAAAAGUGCAGUAGAACAAAAAGAAAAUCCAAUGGCAAGUAAAUUCAUGUACAUAAGAGAAUUAUUAAAGGAUUUUCCAAAACGCAAAUUUAUUCUUAUUGGUGACACUGAACAUCCUGAUCGAAUUAUUCGAAUAUUUGUUCGUGACGUAACAACCUCACGUGUAAAAGGUCUUCCACCACAAAAACCAAAACAUUCUUAUGCUAAAACUUUUACAGGAAUUUAUAGCAAACUUCGUGAUUAUUACAUGGAAGAAGAUGAUAAAAAACUAGAAAAUAAUGUUACACCACAAAAUUCUGAUAAUAGUGAUAAUAGUAGUUCAAAACAAGAAGAAGGAGAUUUAUUAAGUCCAGGAAUGACAAGUAACAUUGCUGAGAGACUUCAAGGAGGACUUUCAAAUCUACUCAAAACUUCAACUCCAGAUACAUCUAAAUCUACAAUGCCUAAACCUCCAUCAGAGGUUAAAUUGCCAUCAACAAGUGCAACUUCCCCCACAAAAACUGAAUCACCUUCACCUGAAAUACUUAAGACACCUUUAGAAAUGUUCCAUGAAAGAAUUGAAAAGUUGAAUCAAGGAUUGCCUAAAGGAUUAUUUUCACUUUUUACUGAUUGUAAAGAAUUGGAUGAAGAUCCCAUUAUUCUAAAUGCAUUAAAUUCAUAA